AUGCUAGCAAGGGACCUCAAGCGCGUCGUCCUCACCAUCGGCCCAUUUAUCUUCCUCGUUUACUUUGGCAUACGCUGUCUCGACUCCAGGAACUCUUUAACUGCGGUCGACCAUUGGUACGAUUACGUCUUUGCCACAAAUUGGAAACAGAAAGAUGAACUCAAGCCUCACCAAGAACUGCUGCCCUCGGACUCGGAGACUCAUCCAGAAGGCAUGAUUGAAGUGGAAUCUCCUAUACCAGCAAGGAAAAAAUAUCAUGAGAUAUUUUCAACAUCAACAGUGGACAGAAAGUUCUUUCCUAUACAUUUUGGCCAAGAAGAAGCAAUCAACCCCAAUGUCUUACCCCAUCCCAAACUCGACAACACAUUCAUCAUCGUUGCACAAAAAAGCGAAAUAGAUAAUACACCAGAGUUUUGGGAGCUGGUUUGCAAUGCAGUCUUUAUGUUGGGAGAGUUGACCUGCGUUGAGCCAUCGUCCGUCCUCCCUAUUACCGCUACAAAAAGUGGCGAAGGCAAAUGCCCCACUCAGUUGGCCUAUAUGGCUCUUAAUGUCGGACCUCACGAUGCGCGCGUGUUUUAUGGUCCAAAAUCUCCAUUUAUCGUUUUUGGUUCUAACUCGAGGUUCGCAUGCUUCGGGCAGUUCAUACAAGACUUCCGCAAACUCGGAGACUGGGGAUUUGAAAUGGGGUUGGACUCAGGCUUUGCCAUUGGUACAGAGCUUCAGCGUCCCCCGCCCUGGGGCACAAUGGAGAAAAAUUGGUUUCUCUUCUGGGACGAGGAUGGAGCGGCCUACAUUCACCAAGACGUCGCACCGAAACGGGUAUUUGCCAAACUGAACGCGGACGGCUCGGUGGGGCCAGACCUUGCGCCCUUGGCAGCUGGGGACGAGGCGUGUCUAAGCAAGUACAUGCCAAAGCUACCACCGGACUUGGAGUCCAUACAUCAGGCGACCAACUCACUCAGUAUCUCCUUUUGCAAAAGGAGUGACCCGACCUGCAAGGCCACCGGCGACAACACGUUUUUAUUCACGGUAUUCCAACACAAGACGUUUUACCGCUUUCAUAGUGAAUAUGAGCCGUAUGUCAUGGUAUUUCGGCAAAAUACACCCUUUGAAGUAUUUGCAGUGUCCAAAAAGCCAAUUUGGAUUCAUGGCAGGGUGGAAAGGCUUGAUGGAGGCGCUGACAUGUUUUACGUCACAUCUAUGAGCUGGAAACAAAGGGAUCUGAAAUACCAUGGUUUCCUAGACGACGUACUUUUUAUUUCAUUUGGAAUUGAGGAUCAACGAAGCGGGGUAAUUGACAUUCUUGCAAUGGACCUACUGGCGGAUCUUGGAGCCUGUUUGUAG